UUGUCUCCUGCCUCCCGCCAAUUUAUAAGCAUUUCGCUUUCGUGUAUUUGUAGUAUUUAAAUAUUGUCUUACUUUUACAUUUAAUUUCAAUUCUUCAUUUUUUUUAGAUUUAAAACAUUGCAAAUACUUGAUAAAAACAAUACCUCACAUCAUAAGUGCAAAGUUUUGUCAUCGGUUUUGCUAGUGAAAUAGAUGGCUAAAGUGCAUGUGUGUAAUGUCGUUGUACUCGAUAACCCGUCACCUUUUUUUAAUCCCUUCCAGUUUGAGGUAACUUUCGAAUGUAUCGAAGAUUUGAAAGAAGACCUUGAAUGGAAGAUAAUUUAUGUUGGCUCUGCAGAAAGCGAAGCUCAUGAUCAAGUUCUAGACAGUGUCUUUGUAGGGCCGGUUCCAGAAGGAAGACAUAUGUUUGUAUUCCAGGCAGAGCCUCCAGAUCCUCAGAAAAUUCCAGUUCAAGAUGCCGUUGGAGUAACAGUUGUUCUUCUAACUUGUUUGUAUCGGUCAAAAGAAUUUAUUAGAGUGGGGUAUUAUGUCAAUAAUGAGUAUGUUGAUCCAGAGAUGAGAGAAAAUCCACCAGCUGUACCUCAGUUUGAUAAGCUCCAGAGAAAUAUUCUUGCAACAUCUCCAAGAGUUACACGAUUCAAAAUUGAUUGGGACGAUAAUCCUGGUGUAGAUAAUCUACAAGCUCCUAGUUCUUCUUCUGAAAAUAAAAUGGAUGGUGCAGAAGAUAGUAAUGGUCCACUGAAACAAAUAUUUCAAGAGAGUAACCAUAGUAUGGAAAUGGAAGUUAUGUGAUGAAAAUAUUUUAUUUGUUCUGUAUUGGUAUUUGGAUUGUUAAAUUCCAGAUAUGUGAGUUUUAUUAUAUAUAUUUCAUUGUAUAUAUUUAAUAAAUAUUUUCUGUGCUGUUUCUUACAUUUUUAUUCUGUAAAUUAUUAUUAUUAUUAUUUUUAAUGUUUGGUGUCAUUCAUUAGAGGAGUUGCUUAUACUGUGAUAUUUUCACAGACUUCUAUUCCCACAAUAGAUUAGAAUCAAGGUUUACUAAAUGCUACCCAGUAUAGAUUAAUUAUUCACCAUCAACUCUUGCUGUUUCAUUUAUCAUCCAAGUUGCAUACUUUGUAAUCAUUUAUCAAUACUUUACACUUUCUAUGCAGCUUGAUGUUAUUUUUCACAUAUUGCACAUUUGAGUGUUUUUUUUUUUUUUUAAUACCAUUUUUGUUAAAUUUAACAUAGUUGCUUCAUAAAAUCUGAAUUACUUGAUCUCAGUUGUUCCACUAAUAAUAUUUUGUUGAAAAAUUUUAAAUUGUAAAGUUUGUAUUCUGGAGAGGUAAGUAUAAUAUGGGCAAUAGUUUUGUAUAUUUUUGCAAUAAUUUAUUGGAUUUAUAGCCAAGCAUUUUCAUCAAGUAAUUUGUUGAAUUUGAAUGUAAUGUCAGCAUUUAUUAUGUAAUAUGGAUGUAAUGCAUUAGAUUUUUCUAAUUAUAAACAUAGCCUAAAAAGAAAUUCUUCCUGUUUUGAAUGGGCAGCAAAAUAAUUUAUUUCUUAAAUAUACACGUGCAAUUUAAAGCAAAAGGCUAUGUGUUGUCAAGCAGUAACUUUUAAUAAAUAAAAAAUAAAAUUUUGGCUUGGAAAUGAAAAAAUGAACUACUCGAUUACUUCUUCCCCCUCCUGUUAUUUUUAGUUUAGAAUUGAUGCAUUUUGUAUGCCAUUCUUAUCAGUAAAAAAUAUUAAUAUAUAUACAAAUGUUACCUACAAAUUAAAAAUCUUUGCUUUCUGCAUAGAUUUCUCAAUAAUCUUCUAAUGAUAAAAACUUCUUUAUGAGCUCAAAGCUGCCUUUCCAUGUGUAAAUUUAAUUUUAAAUUAUAUGCUUUAAAAACAUUUGAAAAAUUAAAAAUUCUCAUGGAACUACUGAUUUUUCCUUAUUCUGUUUCUAAUGUGUGUGUGGAAAGAAAGUUCAUAUCUUUAUUUUUCAUGGAUAUGUGGGUUUGUUUAAUUUGUGUAAUAGUAACCAUUAUUGUGUAUAUAAUGGUUAGGUUUGACAUAGCAUUUGGAGAAAAAGACAGAGUAAAAUAUGACAGACUAAAAAUGGGCUACCAGUGUCAUUUGUUAGAAUAUUUCCCAUCUUAAUAAAUAUGAUGAGUAUUAACAGCUAAAAUUAUUUGAGCAAAAUCAUUUUUCUUUUGAAUAUAUCUGAUGUAAUCUUUUGAGCAACAUAUGAUUUUAAUAUAUAUGUGAUUAAAAUAUUGAACACGGAGCAAAUAAAAAUAGAAAGGUAGAUUGAAAUUCCUGCUUGUAAAUAUAUCAAUAACACAUUCUAAAGUAUCAAGCUACAUAUUCAGUAUCUCGAAGAAAUCAAACUGAGUGUGGCAGUUUUCACUUUGAUGUGCUAAUGUAGAAUAUGUAUAAUCUUAAGGACUAUAAGUAUGUUGUCAUUGCUGAAAUAUUCUGAAAAACAUGAGUGUUUUAACAGUGGAAUGUAAUAAUUCAGUGUGCUAUUUUAUUCCAGUUUUUAUGUAAAUUCAUCAUUCACAUAUACAAACACAAUGCAUUAAAAUUCUCUCAAAGUUUGUAUAUUUAUUGCCCUGACAUAUCACUAUGACUAAAAUAAAACUUCAACUAUAUUUGUAACACGAAACUUUGCAAAAUGGUAGUGGGGGGGAAUGGAAAAAAAACAGAGUAAUGUUAAAGUAGAAUAAUUUAACUUUUUUCUUAACCAGCUAAAUUAGGCCAAGUUGGGAAAACUUUUAUAAAGCUUAAGACUAAGAUAAUUGAUAAAAUUUAAGCAUUAAUUUCAUAUAAAAUAUUGUAACUUUUAAAUGAUAGGCUGUAUGAUCUUAAGAGGCAACUAUGCUGUUUAACUCUUAAAAUAUGCACAUUGAACCAAUUUUAUUUGUGCAAGGAGCACGCACAUCCUACGCCUAUUAAGAGUCAAUUUUUUAAUUUUUUUCUUUCUAAGAAAUGUUUUAUUAGUCAUUUGAGUUGUUUCUGCAUUUUGGAAAUAAAAUGAGAAAAUAUCUGUUUUUUAUAAUUCCUUCUAAACUCAAUAAUCCUUGUGUUAAAAGUUUAAAAUCCAGAAUAUACAAUUUUCUGUUUUUCUCAGUCCAUGGUUGUCACUGUUAUGUUUAAAUCUGCUGUAAAGAAUUAUUUAACUUUUCCUGGAUAUUUUGUUGUGCGCUUCUCUUCGUAUCAUAUGUUUUAUUAAUUUUCUUGAGAUUUAGCAUUUUUAAAUAAUAUUUGAUUUCAAAGGUAUUAUUUGCCUGUAAUUAUAGUUUGGCUUUUUUCCUGCUGUAAUCUUUGAUUACUAAGAAGUAUAUUUUUUAAUGUUUUAGUAAGUAGUCUGUAAGAGUUGAACAUGCUCAGUAUUUUUGCUUUAUGAAAUUCGGGACCCAAUGCCUUAUAAUAAUAGGUACCUUGCAAACUAAAGUGCACUUCUGUUUAGUAAAAUGUAAUUAGUGUUAUGAGUCUUAUGUAUGUAUGUGUGAAUGAUGUGCGAGUUCAAUACAUAUAAAGUAAGUUGUAUUUUCUGAAAUAAAAUGUAAUUCUUAAAGCUAUUUUAGCAUUAUUUUGAUAAGAUAACAUUUGGUAACUAUUGUAAUAUUAGUGGAUUUAUUAUUGAUGUUUUCUUGAAUUGUCUGUUAUACUGACAUCAAAGAUGUGGUAGAGUACUUGCAUAUACAUAGUAUUUAAUGGUUUUUGAGCAUUGUAUGUAUGCAUUUAAAUAAAAUUCUUCUGUACAUAA